AUGUCUUUCUCCAACACUUCCACAGGCGAUGCUCCCGCCGACCCCUACAAGAAGGCCAAUCUCGAGGAUCUUCCUCUCCAGACCAAGAUUGAGGACCUGGCCGACUUCAUCAACAAGUGCAAGUUUGGCAUGAUGACUACCCGUGGCUCUGCCUCGGGCAACCUCGUCUCUAGAUGCAUGGCGCUGGCCGCUACCGAGACCGGAGGCAUCGACCUACUCUUCCACACCAACACCGAGUCUGGCAAGACUGACGACCUCGCCGCCGACCCUCACGUCAACGUCUCCUUUGUCAACCCCUCUGGAGAGUGGGCUUCCAUCGCUGGAACUGCCACCGUUGAUACCGACCGCAGCUUGGUGUCCAAGCACUAUACUCCCACCUUGAAGGCCUGGCUCGGUGAUCUCGGCGAUGGCGUGCACGAUGGCUCCGAGAACGACCCUCGCAUUGGUGUCAUUCGCGUCAAGACCGUCUCGUCGACAUACUCGCUUCUGGCCAAGAACAUCCUUAGCCGCGUUGCUGACGUCGCCACGAGCACCGUCACCGGCAAGCCUGCCUCGCCCAACAGCCUGAGGGAGAUCACGGAGGGAGAUGUGCGAUCGUGGCGCGCUUCGCGAGAGUAA